GCGUUACUUUUGGUUGUUGAGAGAAAAGGAAAAGUGGAGAGAGAAACAGAAACUCAAACCACAGAGAGAGAGAGAGAGAGAGAGAGAGAGAGAGAGAGAGCCCCUCCUCCCUCCCCUCCUCUCACUUUUGCAAGAUAUUAUUACACCCAACAAACAAAGCUUUUGAAAUCUUUGGUUCGGCUAAUCUUUUAUUAUUGCGUGUCCUAGAGAGUUCAUAUUCUCUUUCAAUCUAGGGUAUUUUUCUGUUGUUAUUCGAUUUGGGUCUUUUGGAAUAUGAUCAAGAGCAUGUAUAUUCCUGAAUUGAAUGUGUUUUUUCUCAUGGUUUGGUGUUUGAUUUGUAGUAGAGAGCAUUAUACUUGUCGUGUAAGGGAAGUGAGAGUCUUGGUUUGAGGUGGUUGGUGGGUUUGUUGGUUUCUUUGCGUUUUCUUUUUUUGAAGGCUGGAUUUUGGUGUUUCGGAAGGUUUGGUUGUUGGGUAUUCUAUAAUUUGUUAAUACUUGGUGUAGAAAUUGCAGUCUCCGUUGUUUGAAUCAAUCUUGAUACGAUUGGUUUUCUGGCUAUCUAUUUUUCUUUUGAUUUCCUUGGUAUUUGUCUUAAUUUCGAGGUUUUUGAAAGGUGAUGAUUGAAGCGUCCUUGAUGUCGUUCAUUCAGUGUCAAAUUAAUCCAUUUUUUCUUGUUUAAAUCUGGUCUUGAUUUGAACUGGUUUGACAAUUCGCUCGGUCUGUAGUCCAAUUUAAUUGUAUCUUUGGAGUAUUUUGCUGGAGUGGGUGUGAUUGAUAUUGGUGGAACUGUAUUUGAGAUAUGUAUAUUGAGGAACUUAAGGAGGACGAGGGGGAGAGUGGGAAACAGCAUCGUUUUAAUGGUGCCAUUGUAGUUGCAGACGCCAAACGAGUUUUGGUUGGUGCGGGGGCUCGUGCUCUUUUUUAUCCGACACUGUUGUAUAAUGUUGUACGGAACAAGAUUCAAUCGGAGUUCCGUUGGUGGGAUAGGGUUGAGGAGUUUUUAUUGUUAGGUGCUGUACCAUUUCCUGCUGAUGUUCCCCGCUUGAAGGAACUUGGUGUUGGUGGAGUGGUUACUCUAAAUGAGCCAUAUGAAACUUUGGUCCCAACAUCAUUAUAUCUUGCUCACAGCAUUGAUCAUUUAGUGAUUCCGACCAGAGAUUAUCUUUUUGCGCCAUCCUAUGGUGAUAUUUGUCAAGCUGUAAGCUUCAUCCAUGAGAAUGCAUCUUGUGGCAAAACAACAUACGUCCACUGUAAGGCUGGUCGGGGGCGAAGCACAACCAUUGUUCUCUGUUACCUGGUGGAACACAAGCAGAUGACACCUGAUGCUGCAUACGAGUAUGUGAGGUCCAUUAGACCAAGGGUCCUCUUAGCCUCUUCCCAGCUGCGGGCUGUCCAAGACUACUAUCUUCGCAGGGUGAAGAAAACGGAAAGCAAUGCAUGCAUGAACAAAUUAAUGAAGACAAUGCCAGCUUUUGCUUCUAAACAUGACCUGGCAGCCUUUGAUGAUGGCUCUGUAGUGUUGGUUGCAGAGUCAGACCUAGACGGCUAUGAUGAGAGCCUUGAUUCAGUUUUAGUGGGUAACAAGAUGUUAGCAGAGCUGAGCUUGGCUUGUAGGGUCCAGUUUGCUAGUCAGGCAACCAUAUCCAGGCUUUCAUGCCUCUGGCUUCGUUGCCAUGCAAACCAGAAAAUUUCAAGCAAGAAGCUCAGAAGGUCUGCCAGUACUGAUCAGCUGGGGAGUAUUGGUGUGGACAUCAGGGUUUAUUGAGGUGUCAGCACUAACCAGGUCGAUAAACUAAAAUGUUUCUUCCUUCUUUUUUUUUUCCCUUCCAUAAUUGUAGAUGAGUGAAUAAUAUUUGCCCUUCCGAAACAAUUCAUCUUUUUCCCUAGUCUGGGGAAUGCAAGCCCCAUCUGCUCUUGUGGCGACUGUGCCUCGGAAGUUUUAAGACAGGUACAUCUGCAAGUCGAGCACCGCUCCUCCUUUCCAGAAUCAAAGGCUGCUGGCCACUGAAAUUCCGGAUACAUACCUGUACAUUGAGGAGACAUGUUAUGUGAAGCAAGUUGAGUUGUUUAUGAAAAGGAAGAAAAACAGUCUUCCAUAUAUAUGUGUGUGGAUAUAUAUGGUGUUCCUAUAAAAUCUCUCUCUCUCUCUCUCUC